AUGAAGUACACCACGCUCGUUGUUGCGGCGAUUGCGUCGAUUGCAGGUGCCCAUUCGGACCCGAGGGAUGUGCAUGCUGGGAUUCCGAAGAUGCUGGGCGGGAGAAAGUUCAUGGCAGAGUUGAGGGCGGAGAAAGCGUUGCCGGAGGCGCUGAAGGUGAAGAAGAGGGAGCCGGAUGUGCAACGACAGAUUAGCACGAAUGGGCAAUGCGGACCGAGUUUUGGGCAUUGCCCUGCCGGUCAAUGCUGCUCUAUUGAGGGAUGGUGUGGAACUGGAAUCGAUUAUUGUGCAGCUCCUGACUGCCAAUUCCUUUAUGGACCGGCUUGUGAUGCGAACACCGUUCCGUCUGGAGCAUCUACGGCGGGUAUUGCGAGACCUGCCCUUGGGACCGUGCCCUAUGGUGGAGCCGGAAUCUAUGAUUGUGCUGUUGCGGGAGAUGUUGCCUUCACCUUUGAUGAUGGGCCGUAUACGUAUACGUCAGAUCUUCUUGACAAGCUCAAGGUGUAUAGUGCAAAGGCUACUUUCAUGAUCACUGGAAACAACCUCGGAAAAGGUCCUAUUGAUAGUACCCCGCAGUGGAAUGCUCUUAUCAAGAGAAUGAUUGCAGAAGGGCACCAAAUUGCCUCACACACUUGGUCCCAUCAAAAUCUGACAUCUCUCGAUGCCACACAUUUCAAUCAACAAAUGAUCUACAAUGAGAUGGCAUUCAACAAUAUUUUGGGCUACUUCCCAACGUAUAUGAGACCUCCAUACUCUGAGUGCAACUCAUCCUGCGGUGCCCGUUUGAAAACCCUUGGAUAUCAUGUGACAUACUUCGACCUGGAUACAGAAGGGUAUCUGAAUGAUGACCCAACCUUGAUCCAAAAUUCCAAGAACAUCUGGGACGCCGCCAUCAACCCUUCCAAUAGCGCAACCACCAGCUGGUUGGAAAUCGAGCAUGAUAUCCAUUACCAAACUGUCUACAACCUCACUGAUUAUAUUCUCGCUUCGAUGUAUAGCCAUGGUUAUAAAUCUGUCACUGUUGGUGAAUGUCUUGGGGAUCCGGCUGCGAACUGGUACCGGUCGGGGAAUGCAAGUGCACCUCCUCCCCAGAGCGUUAGCACUGACGGGACAUGCUCAGCUACCACCACCUGCCUAGGCUCCACCUUUGGCAAUUGCUGCAGUUCGGCGGGAUGGUGUGGAUCUACCUCAGCGUAUUGUGGAACUGGGUGUCAGCCAGCCUCUGGAACAUGUGGCACAUCUAGCAGCUCUUCAACAACAUCAAAAUCAACUACUUCAGUAAAAUCCACCUCUUCUACAAUCAAGACCACUUCUUCUUCAAUCAAGACAACUUCUUCUUCAAUCAAAACAAGUUCUUCUACAGUAAAAACAACUUCUAAUACAUCAAAGACUACCUCCUCGAAAACAUCCUCAACCUCCUCCGCCUCCCAAGCCAUCUCAACAGAUGGAACCUGCGGAACAACCAUAACAUGCAUCGGCUCUACGUUCGGAAAUUGCUGCAGCCAAUACGGCUUCUGCGGUUCAACAUCGGCUUACUGUGGAACGGGAUGUAAUCCCGUUGGCGGGACAUGUUCUGGCUCUUCCACGUCGACGAAACCUACCACGACUACGAGCAAGACGACUACGUCGACGAAGAGUAGUACCUCGCCGACUUCUACCCUUAAGGUAUCGUCGGAUGGAACGUGUGCGGGGACCACCGGGUUCACGUGUCUUGGGAGCACGUAUGGGAAUUGUUGCUCGCAGUACGGAUGGUGUGGCUCGACUUCUGCAUAUUGCCUCACAAGCGGUGGAUGCCAGGCAGGAUUCGGGACGUGCAAUUAGAUGGGGAUUGUAAAAUGGGCGUUUUAAUGACAAGAAGUGCUACUGAUACGAGUAGUGAACAACCGCCAGCGUUUUGUACGCAGUAAUGAUAGCAG